ACACAGAAAAUCUCCUCGGCAGAAACACGGACUGCACUUCACUAGUUCCGCAAAGGAAAAACAGCCAAUGCAGUCCUCCCUCACAGUCAAUAUCGAUCAGGGAUCGAGCGUGUGACUGGGAUGUAACUCAGCCUCCAUCAGCAACAACCGGAGUGACCGCAUUUCAAUGGCCGACCACAGCGCGAUGUGGAUGUGUUGAUAUCCCGGUAGCUAGCUCGCGUGUUAGUGUCGGAGGCUGGUGAUGGAGAACAUCGAGGAGCCUUCGCCCCUCCGGAUCACCCCUACCGUCCGGGCGCUGAGCUCCGCACUGCGGGGGAAGCGUGAAAAUGUCCCCGAGUGCAGCCGGAGAAACGGCGACAGGAUCUUCCCGGAGCCGGAGAAGCUGUGGUUCAAGGAGAGCAGCGUGAAGAACCUGCGGAACAGAGACUUUCUGUCGCCCACCACGAUGCUCAACACGCUGUAUGCGGACGGACAGGUCCCUCCGUCAGUGAUGUCCAGGGUCCUGUCCCUUCGUGGCAGUGGGGUUCUCCCUGUGGCUGGGGGGGAGGUGAUUGGUGAAGGGCUGAGGGUGAGGGUGGACCGGCCCGCAGCCUUCAGGGCCGUUCUGGCAGGUGGAGCCACAGAAUACCUGAAGCCCUCCAGUCAGAGGCAGAGCUGUGUGGUGCUUAACUGCCCCGCGCUGCACCCUAAACCCAACACACCCACUCCUGAUACACUGACUCUAGGUCAGCUGAGGACUGUUCUGCUGGCUGACCACAUGGGGGCGCUGCUGAGAGGACAAGGAUUUGCAGUGUCCUAUUGCCCCACGCUUCCCCAAGACAGCGACAUCAGCACCUUUCUGCAAGCUCUAGGAAUCGAUUGGCCGACAGCCCCCGCCAGCUGGACCAAUGAGGAGCGGGAGGAGAAGAUCCAGGAGGCACUGGAGAACUGCCCGUAUAAAGAGAGGGAAACGGAGAGAGGCAGGAGGACCAGUGGUGGCGGAGGAAGGAAGGCAGAGGAGGGGGAGAACGAGGGAGCGCUCAGGGUCAACCUGACAAGAGUGUUCCAGGAGGAGGGGCUGCUGGGAUACGACCCUAGCCUUGGUACCUGCACAGUACAAAGAGACAGUGUUUCACAUCUGGCACAACUGGACCUAGCCACAGCCGACUGCACAGUAGCCAUGGCAACAGCGUUACAUGUGACUUCCUGUCAGGAUGAGUUCCGCCAGCAGCAGAUAGCAAUGUUGUGGAGAGCCAGUGGAGCGACACACACGCAGAGACAUCUGGUGUGUGGGCCUGUGAAGACUCCUGGUUCUCACCUCACUGCUGCACAGUACCUGCAGCUGAGAAGAGGACAGAUGAAGGAAGCCUCAGAGAUGAAGUAUGGAGAUCAAGUAGAAGGUCAGACGUGGGAUGACAUCAUCAGGGUCAUGACCUCUGCCACAGUCAGAUUUGAGCUGCUGUCUACAGUCCACACUAGUCCUGUGACACUGGACGUCCAGAGGGAAGGGGGCGUGUCCACCAAAGGGCCGAGAGGAGGCGUGUUUGUGAUGUACAACUGUGCCAGACUUCACACUCUGUUCGACAGCUAUGAGAGAGGAGUGGAGAAGGGUCUGUACCCAGAAAUCCCUGAUUGCUCCCAGCUAGACUUCUCUGCUCUGAAAGAGGAGACCAAUUGCAAGAAGGAAUGA